UCAAAAAUUUUAUAAAUAAAUUUCUGUUUCCCUUUUGAUUCAAAAUUUAAUGUAUAAAACGCUAUUAAACAAAAUAUAUACCAAUUAAUAAUGGAAGUGGAAAGAUGUCCGUCAGAAGAACUUUUAAGCCAAUUGCGUAGCUUGGUGAAACCAAUCCUAUUUGUUGCCCUAGCAGCUGCUGCGUUGUAUGUACCACUGGGAGACCCACGGGACAGAUGCUGUUCGUCGGAAACUGCAAAACAGCGGAUCACGAACACUUCCAUAUGUCAACUAUACUAUUUAUCGGUCAAAUUAUAUCAAAAGUUCAUGGAGUUUCUCGAAUUUGCAGUAACGAUGCUCAUAGACAUUCUUUACGAACUUAAGUUAAAGUUCUAUACUCUUCUUGGAAAACUGGACAGUAAAGACUUGUGCCGCUCCAUCUGCUGCUAUGAUAGUGACACAGAGGAGAAGGUGCCGAAAAAAGAAUCAAGACAUCGUACGUGCAACUGCAUUCAAUCAAGGUGCAGCAAACGAAAAUCACGUCAAAUUAUCAUUUAAAUGUGUAUUAAUGUUGUGUUUGUUCUAAAUUGUAUAUUUCAUAUGUGAUUAGUAAAGAAGCGUACUUGAAUUUAGUAG